AGCCGAGCGUUCUAGUAACCAAAGGAAUACAAGAUCGACACAGAGAGGGAUAGACGUGAUUAUUUCAGUGUUCAUUUUAGCUUGAUAAAACAUCAGUCAACAUGAGAGAAAUUGUACACAUGCAAGCCGGACAAUGCGGCAACCAGAUUGGUGCUAAGUUCUGGGAAGUGAUCUCAGACGAGCACGGCAUUGACCCCACGGGCACAUACCAUGGGGACUCCGACCUCCAGCUCGAGAGAAUCAACGUCUACUACAAUGAAGCCACAGGAGGCAAAUAUGUACCAAGAGCUGUGUUGGUCGACCUCGAGCCCGGCACAAUGGACUCCGUAAGGUCUGGUCCCUUCGGUCAAAUCUUCCGGCCAGACAACUUCGUGUUCGGACAGAGCGGGGCCGGUAACAACUGGGCCAAAGGUCAUUACACAGAGGGCGCUGAGCUCGUCGACUCCGUUCUAGACGUUGUCCGCAAGGAAGCUGAGAGCUGCGACUGCCUACAGGGAUUCCAGCUGACACACUCCCUCGGUGGUGGCACUGGGUCCGGUAUGGGAACACUCCUUAUAUCCAAGAUCCGUGAAGAAUAUCCCGACAGAAUCAUGAACACAUUCUCCGUCGUACCAUCACCAAAGGUGUCGGACACCGUGGUGGAGCCGUACAAUGCAACACUGUCCGUUCACCAGCUGGUCGAGAACACCGACGAGACCUACUGCAUCGAUAACGAGGCUCUGUACGACAUCUGCUUCAGGACCCUGAAACUGACCACUCCAACAUAUGGUGACCUGAACCAUCUUGUAUCUGCCACCAUGUCCGGUGUCACUACCUGUCUUCGAUUCCCCGGUCAGCUGAACGCCGAUCUGCGUAAACUGGCCGUCAACAUGGUGCCCUUCCCGCGUCUCCACUUCUUCAUGCCCGGGUUCGCUCCUCUUACCUCCCGCGGCAGCCAGCAGUACAGGGCUCUUACAGUCCCCGAGCUCACACAGCAGAUGUUCGACGCCAAGAACAUGAUGGCCGCCUGCGACCCGCGUCACGGCAGGUACCUCACCGUCGCCGUAUUGUUCCGUGGACGUAUGUCCAUGAAGGAGGUCGACGAACAGUUGUUGAACGUCCAGAACAAGAACAGCAGCUACUUCGUUGAAUGGAUCCCAAACAACGUGAAGACCGCCGUCUGUGACAUCCCUCCCCGUGGUCUCAAGAUGUCCGGUACCUUCAUCGGCAACAGCACCGCCAUCCAGGAGCUGUUCAAACGUAUCUCCGAGCAGUUCACCGCCAUGUUCAGGCGCAAGGCUUUCCUCCACUGGUACACUGGCGAGGGCAUGGACGAGAUGGAAUUCACCGAGGCGGAGUCGAACAUGAACGACCUGGUGUCCGAGUACCAGCAGUACCAGGACGCCACCUCCGAGGAGGAAGGAGAGUUCGACGAAGAGGAGGGUGAGGGAGAGGAGGCAUAAACUGCUCAUGAAUAACACAAUUUUACAACAGUCUUAUCAAUGACCAUGACAUAAUAACACUGAAUCGUAUGUAAACAUAUAUUUACACCGUGUAUGUCUUAAUAGUUAUGAAAAUCAAUUACUAGUUAGCUCAUGGCCUAAAAUUUCCUGUACCUUUGUGCAAUAAGAAAUAUGUGUAACUAAAAAAACAAUGAAAUACACGGAACAUAAGUACAUGAAAUGAAUAAAUUCUUGAUAAAUACAAA